AUGGGGUCUGAAGACUCUGAGCCUGACUCUCAGCUGAUGUCCAAGGCCCCUCAACGAGGCACGCUCUCGGGGUCCUCGGACCCGUGCGCGGAAGUGAACUCACCCUGCUCCCCAAAGAGGCAGAACAUGGACUCCGAAGAAACUCGCCACCAAGAAAGUCAUAAGCUUUCUGUGAACCCAGGGCAGUUCCUGAGACUCGAGCGACUUCCCGUAACCCGGUUUCCUUCCUGUGCCCAGGACGCGGCUGCCCACCCCGCGGGUACCGGGAUCCUCGUUCCCGCCGCCUCUUCCCCUGGCUCCGCCCUCGGGCCGCUGGGCUUAUUUCUCCGCGCCGAGGGCGGGCGCGCCGCAGCUGCCGGCGACAAAGAGGACGCGCGCCCCGGGAGCGCGGCCAGGGAAUGUCCCGAGCACCAGUGGAGUACACAGGACCCCCAAGGCCAUGCUGACCUCAGCAUCACCCCACCCAGCUCCCAGGAUGCUCUGGAGCCUCCUGCUCCUGGCUGCCUCCCUGCAUGCUCAGAAAGAAAGCAGGAAUCGCCACCUCAUACACACCCUCGCGCAUUGGUAGCACGUGGCACUGCCACGUGUUUUGUAUUUGGCUGGGACGACCCCACUUGCACUGAGGGUGUGGUCACUGUGUCCAGGGGUGCAUGCGCCGUGAUGUCCUGCACCAUCUCCCACCCCCUGUCCAACGUCACCGUCUGCCUGAGUGCCCAGGUCCCCGUCUGCCUGAGUGCUGAUGGGAAGAACCAGCCCCUCGUCAGCAGGAAGGUCCCUGGAAGCCCCGCCCAUGGUGGGUGGCAGCUCCGGGUCCACGGAGCCGUGGCACAGCUGGUGAUUGAUGGGGCCCAGGAUGCGCAGGCCGGGCAGUACACGUGGUAUCUGGAAGGCUUCCAGAGAAGCAUUAGGACCACCACACUGAGCGUUUCAGGAGCAGAGGCCCAAGAGCCAGAGAAGAGGAGAGCCCAGCCCUUCUCGCCUUCCCAGGACCCGGAGAGGCUGCACCGCCCGCCCGCAGCUGGGAGCCAGCUCGAGGUGGUCCUCGUCAUCAUCCUUGUUGUCACCCUCUCCUUCCUGGUGGCCGGCAUGUUGGCCUGGCACCAAAGACACAGGUUCCUGAAGUUCUUGACACUCCCGCAGCCCUCUGCACGCUCCUGCCUCACAGAUGACUUCGUUCUGAGCAAGGAGCAGGGGCCACCAGUGAGGGAGAUCCGGCGCCCAGCCCGACUCACGACCACUGGCAGGGGCGGCCGCUCCAGGGAGAGGGCCCCGCCUGCCCCCUUCUCCCCCACAUGGAAGCCGCCUGUGGCAGCAGACCCUGCUCAGUGCGUGGGGUCCAUCAGCCUGGGGGUGAGCCCCCACCCUUCAUGGAGGGUGGCACUGGGGACUCAUGGGCAGGCCCCCCAUGCAGGUCUGUGCUGCCUCAGUCCCCAGGGGCUCUCUCUGCUCCCUCGUCCUGUGGCCAAAAGUGUGGAAAUGUCAAGUACUGGGUCAUUUGGCCUGAAGGACCCUGUCCCUCGUCCGCCCCAUCCCACCCUGCGGCCUGGCUCCUUCUCCCCGGGUGUCCAGCCCCAGGUGCAGGAGGGCGCCUACUGUCCCCUUGGAGACACCCCAGGUCUGGGUGCCCGUUGGCCGUGGGCACGCUCCUCUCUCAGCCUUGAGCAAGAACCAGUUUGGGGCUCCGUCCUGCCAGCCGUCUCAGGGGCUGAAAUGUGCACCCACCCCACCACCACUAGGGGGCGCAGCCCAGAAGCGCUCUGGGGGGGGGCCAGCAGGUGGCAGCGGGUCGCUGGUGGCUCCUCUGCCUACCCACCUGGCCUCUCCUCCUACCCAGGUUCCCCUCCCUGCAUCUGCCCCGCCUGCUGGCCCUUCCCCAUCCCAAACCCAUUUAUGUAGCGCGUCGGCAAAUCAAUUGUGAUUAUGUCAAAUUGUGUAACUCAGUUGGGUGUAAUCUUAAUAGGAAUAAACAGGGUUUUAGUACAUUCAA